AUGAUUAUCGGAUACCAACAAUUUCAUACGGAUGCCGGAGACAUUGUCUCUCUGUUUGCUCUCUCCACUGCUGCGGAGGGCGGCACGAGCAAAUUGGCAAGCAUCGCAAGGGUUUACAAUAAGAUCGCUAGUACGCGUCCUAAUCUCAUCCACACCCUCACGCAAGACUGGCAGUUUGAGGUUUUCGGCAAGCCCGAGAAGUCUUUCACUUCCCGACCUCUGGUGCACUACCCACCUGCGACUUCAAAGACGCCUGAGCGCUUAGCUGUACAAUACGCUCGUCGAUACUUUGUCGGUUACGGUGCGCUUCCCCGAAGUGACGAGAUCCCACCGAUCUCCGAGGCACAAGCGGAAGCACUUGAUACUCUUCAUUAUCUUGGUGAAAAGUUUGCCGUCAACCUGGAUUUCCAAAAAGGCGACAUUCAGUACGCCAAUAACAUGGGUAUCUUCCAUGCUCGUGAUGGCUUCACCGAUACUCAUGAGCAACAGCGUCAUCUGCUACGACAGUGGUUGCGCGAUCCAGAGUAUGGCUGGGAGACGCCAGAGCCAUUGAAAGAAAGAUGGGCUCAAUUGUACGAUGGCAUUACUCCAGAAGCUCAGAUAUUCCCUCUAGAGCCAUUCAUCCGUAGCGAAGGAAACAAGAGUAAGGGAAGGUCAUAA